UUUUGUGGUUUCUAUUUCCCGACGUAAAACAAUCAGCGACCAAACAAAUAGCUGAGCAGAGAGAUGGCUGCUCCGGCUGCCGAGGGUCUGGCUGUGACGGCGCUGCGGUCAGUGAUCCACCGUGUCCGUCAGGCUGCUGAAAGGUCCGGCCGCCGUGCUGAUGACGUGAGAGUGGUGGCCGUUAGCAAGACGAAGCCUAUUUCUCUUAUAACCCAAGUGUAUGAAGCCGGUCACCGUUGUUUUGGUGAAAAUUAUGUACAAGAGAUUAUCCAGAAGGCUCCUGAGCUUCCCGAGGACAUAGAAUGGCAUUAUAUCGGGCAUCUGCAGAGCAAUAAAGCAAAGCAACUCCUGACUGCUGUUCCCAAUCUAGCCAUGGUUCACGGUGUUGAUAACCAGAAGCUUGCAAACUAUCUUGAUCGUGCGGUUUCAAGCAUUGGCAGGCAGCCCUUGAAGGUUUUGGUUCAAGUUAAUACCAGCGGAGAAGAGUCAAAAUCUGGUGUUGAUCCAUCUAAUUGCAUAGAGCUCGCCAAACAUGUCAAGCUGGAUUGCCCAAACCUUGAGUUCUCUGGCCUAAUGACAAUUGGACAGCCUGACUACACUUCAACCCCAGAGAACUUCAAGACGCUACUGAAUUGUAGAACUGAAGUUUGCAAGGUUCUUGGUAUGGCGGAGUCUCGAUGUGAGUUGUCAAUGGGCAUGUCUUGUGACUUCGAGCUAGCGAUAGAAAUGGGCAGCACCAAUGUGAGAAUUGGAUCCACCAUAUUUGGACCUAGGGAGUAUCCAAAGAGACAAUGAAAUCAGUAUGAACUUCAUCUCAUAGAACCAUUCACGAAAGCAAUAGGGAGUGA